CCUCCCUGCCGGCAGGUGGCGGUAAGGUUUUAUUGUGACGCUACGUUCUGAAGCAAAGCGGAAGUGGAUGCAGGGGGCUUGUGGAGAUUAAUUUUAGCAUCCAGUGUGCCUGAAUCACCGUUGCCAUGGGCGCUCACCUGGUCAGGCGGUAUAUCACCGAAAGGGACACCGAGCCGGACCCUACCGAGAAGUUCGAGUUUGACCCGAAGAUCGGCUUCGAAGAGAGGAAAGAAAGAGAGAUGAUCGCAACCCGGCAUCAGAUGAACCUGGCGCAGCUGCCUGUGGAGCAGAGAGAUUACUGCGCCCACCAUCUGAUAAAGCUCAUGAAGUGCAAGAGGGACAACUGGCCCAACUUCCUGGCUUGCAAGCACGAGAGGCACGACUGGGACUACUGCGAACACCAGGAUUACGUUAUGCGAAUGAAGGAGUACGAGCGGGAGAGAAGGCUCCGGAUGAGGAAGAAGAGGAUUGAGGCCAAGGCAGAGGCAGAAGCGGCAUGAUGAGAAAAUCCUCCGACUCUGCUUCCUUGUAUAUACACCUGCUGUUGUUCAUAUUAAACAAUAUUGAUCAAGCUCUAAAUUUUUUCUUUAUAUAUGUAUACUGUGUGUGAACAUCCAAAAAGUUAGAAGAAAUUGAGUCCAGCAUGACUUUCUACUUGGAAAAAUGCCACCGCCUGCCAUUUUUCUUAACCCAAAAACAUUUAAAACAAGACAAAGAAACAAACGCUUGAUUUUUUUUUUUUUUUAUAUAUAUAUAUAUAAAUUACCUCAGACAACACUCAAUUCUGUCAGUUUCGAGUUUUUAAGAUUCUUAAGCAAUUCAAGGUGAGAGUUCAAAGAUGCUUUCAAUGCCAGCCGCUCCAC